ACUGGCUGGUUAACUCGAUGUUUCUGUUGCUUACACUCCUACAGUGACUUGUGCUGCUGCCUUUACACGUUUGGCAUUGGUUCCGUGAACGAGGAGAUCCAACAUGUCGCUGGUCCUUCCAGAGAAUUUCCAACACAUCCUCCGUCUGAUGAACACCAACAUUGAUGGAAAGCGCAAAGUCAUGUUCGCCAUGACUGCCAUCAAGGGUGUUGGUAGGCGAUAUGCCAACAUUGUUCUUAAGAAGGCCGAUGUUGACCUCGACAAGAGGGCCGGAGAGUGUUCUGAAGAAGAGGUUGAAAAAAUUCUCACUAUCAUGCAGAACCCAAGGCAGUACAAAAUCCCUGAUUGGUUCCUGAACAGGCAAAAGGAUAUUGUCGAAGGAAAAUACUUCCAGUUAACAUCUGCUUCACUUGAUGCUAAACUUCGUGACGAUCUUGAAAGAUUGAAGAAGAUCAGGGCUCACAGAGGCAUGAGACACUACUGGGGCUUGAGAGUCAGGGGACAGCACACCAAGACAACUGGUAGGAGAGGAAGAACUGUUGGUGUGUCUAAGAAGAAGUAAAACUAAGUUUUGAAUAUAUUAAUUUUAUAAAACAAUA